UAUAAUUUUUUGCCUACUUUAACAAGAAUCUUGGAUAGUACUAGUAAUUUAUUUUGCAAAAAGGGAAGAACCCUUUUGUAAUCUUUACUUGUUUCAUAAAUUAAUGGAAUUUUGUGGAAACAGGAGAAUGAGAAGAAGGCGUAACGGAUCAGCUUCUAUAGAGGAGACUUUGUUAAUGUGGAAAAAUCAAAAGCAAGAGCUUAAUGCUACUUUAGAUGGUGGGAUAAAGAAAAAAACAAGAAAUUUUCCUGCUAAAGGUUCUAAAAAAGGUUGUAUGAGAGGUAAAGGUGGACCAGAGAAUUUAGGGUGUAAAUAUAGAGGUGUUAGGCAAAGGACUUGGGGCAAGUGGGUUGCUGAAAUUAGAGAACCUGUUUAUAAUAGUAAUGGAAAGAGACUUUGGCUUGGUACUUUUUCUACAGCUGUUGAAGCUGCUAUUGCUUAUGAUGAGGCUGCUAAGAUUAUGUAUGGCCACAAUGCUAUACUUAACUUCCCUGAUUAUUCUGUACAGAAUUCCGAAUUGGCUAAUUACUCGACGAGUGUUUCUAUUGCACGAACUACUUCAUUGGGGUCGAGUGAAUCGUCUGUUGAAGAUUCAAGAAUUGAACCUGACUUACAAACAUCAGAUACACCAGGUGAUGGUGUGGUUGCAAUUACAGAUGAAAAAACUAUUUUGGAUGAUCCAACGAAUUUAUGUUCCGAUGGUACAGCUGAUGGGGAUUCAGAGGCACAGCAGGAUUCUUCUGUUUGUUGCUUGAAUAUGGAAUCAGUAGUAAUGGAAGUGGACGAUUCUUUAGGCGAUAUGAAAGGUUUGAAUUGCAGCACGAGAAUUGAUUCAGAGCCAAUUCUCGAGCCUACAAGUUGUUGUGUUAAAGUUGAGACACCCUCGGACAAUGACUUCGUGCAAGAUAGACGUUUGGAAUGCGUAGAUGAUCCUAUCAAGGUGUCAAAUAGUUUGCACAUAUUACACCAAGAAAUGACUGAUGUGAAGCCAAAUGACAGCAUAUUUCAACAUCAUGUACCAAAUGAGAAUUAUGAAUCUGGUGACCAAGUAUUGUUGCCUUGUGAUCCCAUUGCUCUACUGGACUAUGAUUGCUCAGCGAAUGCAUUGCAAGAACAACCGUUGGAUUUCAGGUCAUCUGAUAAUACGAGUGCAGAUAUUCGUAGUCAUCUAGAGUACGCAGAGUACUUAUUAAUGGAAGACAUCAACACAAUGGAAGCAACAACUGUAUCAGAUACAUUUUGGUUAAAUGAGAAUAUUGGUGAAAGUUACAACCUUCAGUCUUUCUUAGACGAAUCAUUCGAUGUAAACAAUUUGAAGAAUGAGGAGCUAUCCGAUUAUUACAACUACGACCAGCAAAUCAAUCUGCUGAACUCUCGGACAAAUGCUGAAGUUCAUUCAAGUGGAGUUAUAAGUAAAGGAGGUAAAUCCAAUGAGCAGUGCAUCAAUGUUCCUGGACUGGAGGACCAUGGAACAGAGGUUAAUAUGGAAGAUUUGUACAUUCUGAAUUCUGAUUUUGAUAUCUCAAGCAUUUUAGGUGAUAUUUUUUGACGUCCAAAAAGUUACCGAUCCUUUUAGGCAUUGUUUGUCUGUCCAAAGUAGAGAUAGGAAGGUUAGAGUUCAU